AUGAGAGCAUCAGCUAACAUAAAGCAAAAACCAAAGCCACAAGAUAUUAUUGUGGAUAAACUGGGAGGGUGCUUGGAUACCUUUGGGAGGUUGAUAGAAAAUAGACAAAGUUCUUCCCAAGGGAUGGAUAAGGGAGAUGAAGACUUUGCCAGAUCCUUGAAAAGGGAUCUGGCAGUAUUUACAGCUAUAGGGCGAGGGCAGGUGAUGCACUCACAAAGGCUGAAUUUACCACCACUUAACCCAUGGGUAGUAGUUGAGAAGGAUGGUGAAAUAAUAACUGCACAUUGUGAUUGUGCAGCUGGAUUGGGCGAGUGUUGCAGUCAUGUUGGAGGUGUUUUAUAUGCCAUUGAAGAUGCAAUGCGUAAUCACAGUGAUCUCAGUGUCAAAGAUGUGAGUGUCAAUCUCACCGUUGAUUCCGAUCGGGUGAGAGCCCCGGUGGUCAACGCUGGUUCCACGGAUUCUGGGGAGGACCAAUCACACGCUCAACUGAAAAUGAAACAAACACCAAAUCAUAACGAAUUAGAAGAAAUGCAAAUGGAAGAGAGCAUUUUCGCCAGACGCUCUUCUAUAACACGAACUCCGCCUUCAACACGAAAAAACUCUCUAAGCUCUAUAUCAAGCGGCAAAAGCGACAGAAACGAGACAGAACAACGAAAAAGGGAUGAUAUCACAACAGCCAUACUACCCAGUCAAACGAGAAGGAAAACGGAGAAAACCGACAUACAACUUGCUAUUGAGAAGUUGAUCAACAAAUUAGAAGAAUUAAAAAACUACACUAAGACAAGCGUAAACACAAAAAGCGAGAUCAAAUCUGGUAUACUAGAGGCAAGCAGUCUAGCAGCUAGAGUAAACCGACUGAACAGAACGAAGGAACUUUCAGACUGCGGCACACAAUGUGAAACAUGGAGUACAGCACAACAGAUAAAUAAGAGUACUCAAACAAUAGUCCCACAAAGUGACGUGGUGGAAAUCUGGACACGCUGA